AUGAUCUGUAGGAAAGCUGGUGAAUACCUGGCUAAUAUUAAGGUAGAAGAUAUAGAGGAAGAAGAAGAAGAAGAGACGUAUGUGAGUGGUAACCAGCAGUGUAAGGAGGAGGAAAUCCCUACAGAUAUGAGCAGAGAUGGAGCCAGUUACAGAGAGACCCCAGAGAGAUGUCCCCGUCCUCUUUAUUCCCAGGACUGUACAGAGGAGAAUCACAGGACCCCACAGGAGGAUCAGGGUGAAGAUCUAAAUAUUAAGGUAGAAAUUAUUGAGGUAGAAAAGGAGACGUAUGUGAGGGGAGAUCAGCAGUUUAAGGAGGAGGAAAUCCCUACAGAUAUCAGCACAAAUAUUAAAACAGAAGAUAAGAACAUUGCACAAGAUUCUCCAGGAGAAAAUCCCAUUGCCCUAAAAAUACAUCCAGUACGUCACAGUGCGGAUAAAUCAUCUUAUCAUGAGAAGUGUUCUCUCUAUAAUUUAGAUAUUGCUGCACAUAGUACUGCUCAUAACGGUGAUAACAUAUUUACCUGUUCUGAAUGUGGGAAAAACUUUAUACAUCAGUCAGCCUUUGAUAGACACCGGAGAACUCACACGGGUGAGAAACCAUUCCCAUGCUCUGAGUGCGGUAAGUCCUUUACGCAGAAACCAGUUCUUGUUCAACAUCAGAGAAGUCACACGGGCGAGAAGCCAUUUCCAUGCUCUGAGUGUGGGAAAUGUUUUACACAGAAAUCCGAUCUUGUUAAACAUCAGAGAAUUCACACAGCUGUCAAACCGUUUCCAUGUUCUGAGUGUGGGGAAUGUUUUAGACUGAAAUUACAACUUAUUCGACAUCAGAUAAGUCACACAGGCGAGAGGCCAUUUCCUUGUUCAGAGUGUGGGAAAUGUUUUACACAGAAACCAGUGCUAAUAAAACAUCAGAGAAUACACACAGGAGAGAAACCAUUUCCAUGUUCUGAGUGUGGGAAAUGUUUUACACAGAAAUCUGUUCUGGUUAAACAUCAGAGAACUCACACAGGCGAGAAGCCAUUUCCAUGCUCUGAGUGUGGGAAAUGUUUUAGGCAGAAAUCAGUCCUUGUUGAACAUCAGAGAAAUCACACAGGGGAGAAACCGUUUUCCUGUUCGGAGUGUGGGAAAUGUUUUACAAAGAAAUCGGGUUUUAUUAAACAUCGGAGAAGUCACACAGGGGAGAAGCCGUUUCCAUGCUCUGAGUGUGGGAAAUGUUUUACAGACAAAUCUGCUCUUGUUGAACAUAAAAGAAUUCACACAGGUGAGAAGCCGUUUCCUUGUCCUGAGUGUGGCAAACGCUUUACACAAAAAUCAACUCUUGUCGUACAUCAGAAAAUUCACAUAAGAAAAACAAUUUCCAUUGGGGCGGAGGUUCACCUUUGCCCAGAUCUCAAUCCAAUUGAGAAUCUGUGGUCAGACUUGAAGAUUGCUGUUCACAAGCGGAAACUAUCCAACAUGAAGGAGCUGGAGCAGGUUUGCCUUAAGGAAUGGGCAAAAAUCCCAGUGGCAAGAUGUGGCAAGCUCAUAGAGACUUAUCCAAAGCAAUUUUCAGCUGUAAUUGCCGCAAAAGGUGGCUCUACAAAAUGUUGUACUGACAACUUCCGGCCUGUGCGUUCCAACUCUCCCCAUACUUCCGGCCUGUGCGGUCCACCACUCUUCCGGCUUUUGCCUCACUUUCGGCCUAUGCGUUCCAACGCACUUCCGGCCUAUGCGUUCCAACGCACUUCCGGCCUUUGCGGUCCACCUAACAAGGUUAUGGGGCCUAUGCGUCCUAUUCACGCCCGCCACUUCCCACGGGUGACCGCGCUGAGGCGGAGGAAGCACCGAGGAGACAUCGCUGUGCCGGGUAGCAGAACUACAUCAUCUGCUGAUAUUAAGGAGGAACCAGUCUCAUGUGACGGAGAAGACCUCACACACUCUGACAUGUAUACACCCACAUGUCCUAUACAGUAUACAUCUACACAUAUUAAAGAGGAGCCUGUCUCAUGUGACAGAGGAGACCUCACACACACUGACAUGUAUACACCCACAUGUCAUAUACAGUAUACAUCUACUCAUAUUAAGGAGAAACUUGUCUCAUAUGAUGGAGGAGACCUCACACACACUGACAUGUAUACACCCACAGGUCAUACACAGUAUACAUCUACUCAUAGUAAGGAGGGACCAGUCUCAUGCGACGGAGGAGACCUCACACACACUGACAAUUAUACACCCACAGGUCAUACACAGUAUACAUCUACUCAUAUUAAGGAGGAACCUGUCUCAUGUGAUGGAGGAAACCUCACACACACUGACAUGUAUACACCCACAGGUCAUACACAGUAUACAUCUACUCAUAUUAAGGAGGAACCUGUCUCAUGUGACAGAGGAGACAUCACACAAACUGAUGUGAAUACACCCACAGGUCAUACACAAUAUAUAACUGGUUAUAUUGAAGAAGAAUCAGGAUCUACCAUCAAUGAUAAACAAGGCAUCAUCAAACGUCAGAGGAAGAGGGGAAGCAGCAGCAUCACAAACAAAUCCUGGUCCUGCUCAGACUGUGGGAAAUGUUUUAUCAAAAAAUCUCUUCUACUCAGUCAUCAGAGAAGUCACACAGGAGAGAGACCAUAUUCCUGCUCCGAAUGUGGGAAAUGUUUUAUGCAUCAUACAGGACUUCUUACACAUCAGAGAUUACACACAGGAGAGAGGCUGCAUCCUUGCUCAGAGUGUGGGAAACUUUUCACCAAUAACUCAAAUCUUGUUGUACAUCAAAGAAUCCACACGGGGGAAACCCCGUACCCCUGCUCCGAGUGUGGGAAGUCUUUUAAGCAGAAUUCGGAUCUUCUGCAACAUCAGAGAAUUCACACAGGGGACAAGCCAUUUCCCUGCUCUGAAUGUGGGAAAUGUUUUGUGCAGAAUUCGGAUCUUGUGCAACAUCAGAGAAUCCACACAGGGGAGAAACCAUUUCCCUGCUCUGAGUGUGGGAAAAGUUUUAUCAGCAAAACAAAGUUCAAUGAGCAUUGGAGGAGUCACACAGGAGAGAGACCAUAUUCUUGCUCUGAAUGUGGGAAAUGUUUUACAGCUAGCAAGGCUCUUGUUGAGCAUCAAAGGAAUCACACAGGAGAGCGGCCGUACUCCUGUUCUGAGUGUGGGAAAUGUUACGCCAGUAAUGACAGUCUCCGUAGGCAUCAGAGAUAUCACUCACAAGAGAGAUCCGUUCCUUGCACUGAGUGCGGGAAAUGUUUUCCAUGUAAUUCAGAACUCAUUAGGCACCAGAGAAUCCACACAGGAGAGAGACCCUACUCCUGCUCUGAGUGUGGGAAAUGUUUUACAUGGAAUUCAGAACUCAUUAAACAUCAGAGAAUCCACACGGGAGAGAGGCCCUACUCCUGCUCUGAGUGUGGAAAAUGUUUUGCAGCCAUGUCUCAUCUCAUUGUACAUCAGAAAGUCCAUUCCGGAGUGAAGCCUUACUCCUGUUCUGAGUGUGGGAAAUGUUUUAGAGCUAAGUCGUAUCUUGCUGUACAUCAGAAAGUCCACACCGGAGAGAAGCCAUACCCCUGCUCAGUGUGCGGCAAACGGUUUGCAUGGAAUUCACAGCUUGGUGUGCAUCAGAGAAGUCACACACAAAAAAAACAUACUGCUGCUGUGAAUGUGGGAAAUGUUUUACCAGGAAGACCAGGCAUAAUACACAUGGGAUAAGUCCUACAGUGCAGCGAGCACACCAAUGCUCGAAAUGUGGCAGGUACACAAUGGAGUGCACCCAUAUUCAUCCACAGUGGUUGUGAUUCAAAGGUGGACGCAGUUGCAGCCUCAGCUGUCUUUGACGCAGAAACGUCUUUAUGGUAAUGCUGCUGCGGAUGGUCUUCUGAGAUGCCCACCGGCUGCGAUGCUAAUACAUUGCUGUGCAUCAGUCGCACCACCAGAGAUUGCACCAGCCUAUGGAGGUGCAGAAUCUCCAUGUGAACACGGUCGGCUAUGACCGUGCAACUGCACCUUUAUUCACUGACCAUGACGUGAUUGCGACUGCUGUUACCUCCUAGGAAUGCCCACUGAAAUACAUGGCUAUCUCCAAAUUCAUUCUUCAUCAGGAUGCAUGUCCUGUGCGACACGGAUGCAUGCAGAGUAUAUCCAACAUCGGCCGACUGCGUAAAUAUCUGCAUUGCUUACACUUAGCAUGCACCUCCUGAAUCAGGUCCUCAGUGUACAUUAUAGUGCAGACCCUGUAGUAUAUCAGAGAAGUCAGACAUUUGAGAGACCAUCAGAACUUCUCCUACAUCUGAGAUUCCGUGCAGGGAAAUGUGAAAUGUUAGUGUAGGUCAGAGCAGUCGCACAGAGGGAUGGCCGUCGUCAUGCGCUGACUGUGGGAAAGGUUAUACAUGUAAUUCAGAACUUGUUAGGAAUUCGCCAAGGGGUGUGGUUUACCACAUGAACAUUCAAGAUUCCGACAUUCUGGAGAUGGUCACAAUGUUGACAUUUGAAAUACUGUAAUUUACAACGUCGACAUGUUAACAUGUCAACAUUAUUCAUGCAGUGAGAAUAUCGACUGUACUAUUGUUACUGUUAACCGUCAAUCUAAGCAUAGCUUAUUAUAAACAUAGCCAUAGGUUCCUAAUAUAGACCUGAAGUGAUGACAUUCUGAAUUUCACCUAAUACCCCUUUCACACCGCAGCUAUAACCCGGUAAAUUGCAGUUUUUAAGCCUUCCAAAACGGUUCUAGCUGUGGUGUGAAAGGGCCACUUUAAAUUUACUGGUUACAGAUUACUGGUAUUUUAAAACGGUUAAAAAGCAGGGUCCUACACAGUUCAGACCCGUUUCAUUGUGCAAUGUGAAAGGCUCAGAAACGGUAUUUCCAAACCACAGAAGGUGAUAGGCUGUCUCCAUGCGUGAUGUCACCAGGCAGAAGCAGGAAAUAAGCUGGAGGAAACACACGAGAGUGAAGAAGCAUUUUAUUAUACAGAAUACAGUUUAAAAUGGCAAAUUGGAGUGAUGAGGAGGUUAGGGAGCUGCUUAGGAUGAGAGGGGAUGAAUAAAUUGCUAAACAAAUCACUGGGACAGUGAAGGAUGCAGUAAUCUACAAAAACAUGGUAAAGAUGCUUGAAGCUGCUGGGUUCCAUCGUACGACUAGCCAAAUUAUUAAUUAAUAAUUAUUAAUAAUGUGUGGGCCAGAAAAUUCCAUUUAAAAUGACAACCACUGUUUUCUAUGGGAGAAACGGGUUCAGUGUGAAAGGUACCAAAACGGUAAUGAAACAGUAAUAUACCAGUUACAACAUGCGAUGUGAAGGGGGUUUAACUGCUCAGACCCGUUUUAAGAACCGUUUAAAGAACUGUUUCAAAAGCAGGGUUUGCGAUGUGAAAGCAGCAUUAGUAACUACAUUCCCAGGCAAGUCAUACAGGAGAGAGACCCUAUUUCUGAAUGGGGGAAAUGUGUUAUGGGAUCUGGUCUCUAAGUCGACAAUGUCCAGGUCGACAGUAAGUAGGUCGACAUGGUUUCCAGGUCGACAGGGACUCUAGGUCGACAUGCCAAAAGGUCGACAUGAGUUCACAUUUUUUUUCUUUUUUUACUUUUUCAUACUUUACGAUCCACGUGGACUACAAUUGGGAACAGUAACCUGUGCGGAGCGCAGCGAGGCACCCUGCCCGAAGCUCGCGAGCCAUGCGAGGGGACACGGUGCACUAAUUGGGGUUCCUGGUCACUCUACGAAGAAAACGACACAGUUUAAAAACAAAACUCAUGUCGACCUAGAGUCCCUGACGACUUAGAAACCAUGUCGACCAAUAGUGGUUGACCUAGACACUGUCAACAUAAGCCUAGUCUAUCUAACAUACCACACCCAUGUUUUAUAUGUAAUUAAGUUAAUAUAUAUUAGAAAUCACAAAUAAAAUCUUAAGUUGCCUUCAAAAUAUAGCAACUAAAAUGUUGUAAAAGUUCUGAUUGGGGUCCAGCUGGGCAGAUUAGGCCCCCUGUGUUUUGCUAAGGAUAUUAUACUUAUAUAAAUAUCACACAAGGGGGUAAUUUUACUAAGAUGGGAGUUCUUUUUAAGAUGGGAUGUUGCCCAUAGCAACCAAUCAGAUUCUAGUUCUCAUUUAUC